UCAUGCAUUUCGCACUCCGCGAAAUGAGCCAAGUCCAACAACGAACGUCGGGAUUCCCACACAGAAACAGGCAGCCCUCAUCAGACUGGCUGUUGUUGUUUGACCUCAACGCAGCGCCCUCUUUCUUAUUUUCGCACGCUCCUUAGCCUCAAUUCACGGCAUCAGUUCCUUAAUUUCUAUUCCGACGACUCCCUUUCCCCUCGGGCCCCCUAACACGCUUUUCACCACCAGGCGUGACGACUCCCGCCCGACGAUCCUUGACACGAUUGACAUGAGCUCGGCCCGAAUUGCCCGGUGCCUCGCUCCAUACGUCGAAAGCUCCUGGAUGUAGCUAUUGACACGACCGCACACCACGCACCGCUCAAGUUCAGCCGCGACCGGCAUAGGGACAGGGCUGUGCUUGAUCACCAACAGGCGCUGUUGCCAUACCAAACAGUGCCCAGUGACGAUACGUAUUUCGACGGGUCCUCACAAGCGAUAUAUAUCCACUUCCGCGCUAUGCGCGAGAAAAUUGUUUGCAAAACAAGAUCGACCAAACAGCUCGCCGAUAUCCCGACAGCGUCGGCGUCGACACCGUCGAGACCUCAGCCGGACGAAGCGAACCGUUGACCUUUCCUGUCCGACACACAGCGUGUCGCCAUCCCUUCCUGAGAUCGAGCCGAUCUCAUUUGAUCCAAGAUGGCUGGGCCACCCAGCAUAAUAUCGUCGCGUAUGACGGACAUCGCUUCUGACGAUGGCAUGGACGGCGAGCCCCAGCAGGCCCCGGGGAACCGACGCAGCCAUAUUGCCUCAGAUGCCGCGUCGCGACCGGGGACAGCGAGGACUGGAGCAUCCUCACGCGCCCAAAGUCACAGUAUGCCUUUACGCCAGGCCUUGACGGCGAAGCGUGGCAGCGUUACCGCCAGCAGCACAGCGGGCUCUUUAGUAGGGCGACCUGGAUCCGUCAGCCGGAGCCACGUUCCGUCUCUGACCUCGCACGCUUUCUUCCGACCAAUGAGUUCCCAAAAGCUGCAGGCCCAGCGUGGAGCAACUCGUCCGUCCGCUCUCGCCCGCAACAGCCGCGUAGAAGACGAUAUACAUGAUGGCGCGCACGCCAUGUCCCGUCGCAGCAUCACCUCGGACAUAACAAACUCCCAAGUGAUCGCCCGCCUCGAGCACCCCCAGCCAGCCGACGACGCCUACGCUCGGCCACCGCCAUCUAGAGGGACCGAGUUCACAGAACCUGGCACCUACGAUCGCAUCACGGCGAAUACUAGCCCCACAUAUGGUCACUAUCCGACUGGGAGCUUGUCGGAGAGUGUGCGCCCGCUACAGGGAAUGCCCAGCGAAGGCCGAGACAAUGCUGGUGGCCUCACAGUUCGGGUGGACAAGAACUUCAAGCCGGGCAAUGGUCUGCCUACGCCAGUCAGGACUCCCCGGUCGUUUCGCUCGAGUUUCCUACUCCCUGCGAGGAACGACGGCUCACAGAGCGGCGCGAACAGGAGCAUGCAAGGUGGCGAGAAGCUCGAGUCCGGGGCUUCAUCGCCGCAAUUUACCCCGUCGGCUCCUGUUGACCCCAAUGCCCAGUCUGGCGCGGACAAGAUCGCUGCUGCCAUUGGUCGCAACUUCGAGUAUUUCGAAGGGAACACCGUCUUCUGCCUUGGCGGUAGGCUGCAGAAUACGCGUUCGCAGCCGGUGAACUUAGCCACAGGCUCUCUCGUCGUCGUGCCCUCCAUUCUCUUCUUCGCCUUUUGCGCCCCAUGGCUCUGGGACAAUGUCCACCCCGCGGUGCCUACCAUGUUUGCCUAUAUCUUCUUUCUUUGUGUCUCGUCGUUCAUUCAUGCGUCUUCAUCUGAUCCCGGGAUUCUCCCGCGCAAUCUCCACCAAUUUCCCCCUCCCGAUGAGAACGAGGACCCCCUACGCCUCGGGCCACCAACCACCGACUGGACGCUCAUCCGGUCAGCCGAGACGUCAACGGCCGCGAUGGAGGUGCCAACCAAGUACUGCAAGACGUGCAAUAUCUGGAGGCCGCCCCGUACCCACCACUGCCGCCUGUGCGACAAUUGCAUAGAAACGGCUGACCACCACUGCGUGUGGCUCAACAACUGCGUUGGACGCCGCAACUAUCGAUAUUUCUUCGCAUUCGUCACGUCCACCACGCUGCUCGCCGGCUAUCUCAUGGGGGCGUCCCUGACCCAGAUCCUGGUAUACAUGGGGAGAGAGGGCGUCUCCUUCGGCCAAGCUAUUGAUCACUUUAGGGUUCCUUUCGCUCUGGUAAUCUACGGCUUCAUUGGGUUCCUCUAUCCGGCAGCCUUGAUGUUGUACCACGUCUUUUUGAUGGCGCGUGGCGAGACCACGCGCGAGUUUUUGAACUCGCACAAGUUCAUGAAGAAGGACCGCUACCGCGCCUUCACCCAAGGCAGUUGGAUCCGGAACUGGAUCGUCGUGCUCUGCCGACCAAGGCCCCCAACCUACUAUCGCUUCAAGGAAAAGCGUGUAGAGGGUGACCAGCGGUUGGCUGCCCGGAAACGAUCCGAGAUGGUGGCCGAGUCCAAGGAGGGAAUGGAGAUGCAAGACGUCAACCCCGCGACGUCUGGCUUCCAAGGGCCAGCUUCCCGCAAUUCGGUACCAGCAUCAUAACAGCCGUGUUUUGACAUGUUUAUCAAGCUUUCUUGUGACCCCUAUUUUGGGUUUUUGGCAUAUGCACUUAUCCUUCACUACCACUGGUCUCUGGUUCCUUCCCCCCAAUGGUGGGCGAUGGUUGGUGAACUGGUUGAUGUUCCAGCACGGCUUCGAUACCCCCAGGGGCCUUUCUUCUCCAUUUUAUCGUCUGAAUUCAGACUUGUCCAAAUAUAUACAGAUGCGGCACAGGCACAGCAAGACCGCCACCAUCCUCUGGCAUAUUUGGAGGCUGGCAGAUCUUGCAUUUUGUCCUUUUUUUUCUUCGAUAUCCCAUUAUUUAGACUAAUGCAUAAUGCCGAAGCGGGGUCAAGCCCAACCAAAUGGGAAAAUGCCUUUGCCUGUGUGUGUCUGA